UAUCUCCAGGCACCCGUUGACACCAGCACCGUUCGACCCCUCACCACACUGUACCACGCAAAAGUCUGACUACAACACACAAAUACAUACUGAACCGUUUUCAACCAGAAGUUCCAUCCCUCUGUGGAAGUUCGAGGCUGGCUCGUUCGCUGAGAUGUUUGGACCAUGAGGCCAGGCGACAGCCCUGGCUGACACUGACUAGUCUAGAGAGUCUCCUAUUUUCUUUAGUGGACGCCACCGCUUUAUUCCUAGUCUGGUACCUCCAACGCAGUUUCGCCACGCACCUCCCGAGGUUUGCCGGCCUGCCAAGAGUUGCACCGCACCUUUCGGUUCGGACGGUGCGGUUCACCGCAAACCGCGGUUUCGAAAUUUUUUCUCGGCAGGCAGCCACCAGCUGUUCACGCCUCGUCCGCGUAGCGCUAGCUGAUUGUCAUUCCACUCCCAUAACCAACUCCUGCAGCAUCUGCAAGUGAAUAGAUCACCUCGAGACGAUCAAUUGACACUGAGGUGAUCGACAACCUCGGGACCUCAGGAGAACCUCGGGACUUCAGCGGGAUUGUGUCUCGGGACGCGGUUUUUUUCAGCGUAGUUGCGCCUGUCAGCUUCAGUAGCAACGCUUUUAGGACGCUUCCUCGGCACUGCUUUCUGCGGCGACUCGUCAGCAUGGCCUUUGCUAGCGCCUUGAUUGCUAAGUCAGCCACCACCUCAGCUGCUACCGUCUCAUGGCCAUCCAUAUCCGCCAUCAAUGAUCUCGUGCCACGUGUCAGCUCCUCUCUAUGCCGCGCAAGCACAUUCGCGGCUCGUCCCUCCGGUUUCCGCCAAAAUUUGUCCCUCGGCUCCGGGUUUUCAGGAGAUCGUCUCAGAAUUGCCGAUGCAGGAUCAGUAGCCAACGGCGUCGUGCCACGUGUCGGGAGACCUUCGCAGCGUCGCGGUCUGCUGUUUUCGGCGACGUGGCUUGAGAACAAGGCGGUGGUGGAAGCGCCAUCUGUCCCCCUUCCUCUGGCGUUCGACCUGUGGCUGGACCGUGAGCUCAUCCCCUCCUGGAUGCCCUGGAUCGCGUCCGUGAAGGUCGUCGAGGACAAGCCAGAGCUGUCCACGUGGACGCUGCGCUACAAGGCCUUCGGGCAGAACCUUGAAUUCUCGUGGCUUGCCAGGAACCUGCAGCCCAUUCACCACCAGAAGAUCCACUGGCGAUCGCUGGACGGGCUUCCCAACAGCGGUGCUGUCCGCUUCUUCCCCAAGGGGCCCAACGGCUGCAAGCUGGAGAUGACUAUCUCCUAUGAGGUGCCGGGAAUUCUCGUUCCCGUGGCAAAUAGCCUAUCCCCAUUGGUCGAGAGCAUCAUUCAAGCAGACCUCGAGCGGUUUGUGGAGUUUGCUAACAAGAGGAUACAGGAGAAGGCAUAGUAUGACAGUACAGCGGGCUGCUGUAAUUGUUACCACAUGGUUUGGUUCCAUACUUGGGUUUGUUUGGUCACAUUGCUUGCUUGCUUGUGAAAUGUAAUUUUUUGAAACACCAGCAAAACUGUUUGAGCCGACGGACACAACACACGAUAGGUGGCUGUGUUGUGCCCUGAUGUAAUUCUCCAGUGCACACGAUCAGUUUUGAAAAGUCCG